AUGGCAACUCAGAAAUUUUCUAACUUCUCUAUUGAUUACAUCUUGGGAGAUGCCAGCAAACAAACAGCUGAAUCACCUGGAUUGGAUCAUCCAGCAUCUUCUCAAGAUUUCCCAGGGCACUUGACGACACUUGACCUGCUCACCCAGGAUGGACCUAUAGGUCAUUGUGACCAUGCAACACUGAUGAUGAACUUUCCAUCAUCAUCAUCAUCAUCAUCAUCAUCAUGGGCAGGAAUGUACAGCUGCUGUGUUCCAGUCUCAUAUUAUCAACCAGCUUUUAAUUCAAAUUACUAUGCAGGUCAACAGUGGCCUUGCCCUUUUGCCAUAUCAGGUUGUGAAACAGUUGAGAAUCACUGCCACCCAACUGUAGCUCAGAAACAGCGCUAUCGAAUCCGAACGGUCUUCACCGACAGCCAGACGGAGCAGCUCGAGCGACUCUUCGCGCUCACCGACUACCCGACCGCUGAAACCCGGGCGGACUUAGCCAAGAACACCGGCCUCAGCGAGGAAACUGUCCGGGUGUGGUUCAAAAAUCGACGUGCACGCAGAAAGCGACAAACAACCUGCCCUGACAAAAACGCGAGGCGCGCUCCCGAUGAUCAUCAGGAAUCAGAUUAAUUCAUGACUGAAACGUCAACAUAAACGGCUCGAUUACUUUUUAACGUUGUUUUUAAAAUUACAUUUACAGAUGUUUAC